CAUUCAUUUGGUUUGAAUUUUUAAUGAAUAUUAAUGUUUUGAAAUGUAGAUGUGUAUGGUGCCCUAAUUACAGCACCUCUGUGAAUACUGUGAUUUCAAAUUUUUUUUUGCCAUUUUGUUUUCACUUUUAAACUUGUAGUAGUAGUGAUGAACAUUUAUUUAGUUGAAUAAAUAAAUAACAAAAUUUCAAAGGGUCAACGUUCUUCCUGCUAAGCUAUAACUUGAUACAUAAAUAAAAUUCCUUACAUUAAUGUUUUGUUGAUCAUAGGGAAAGAUUUAUGAGGUGUUGGCUAGGUUACAGUGUUCCUAUCAGUUGGCAUGUUAAAGCUUUUCUUAAGCAGACAUGUUUGAAUCAGGAGAGGAGAAUUUUUCUCUGUAAACUAAGUAAAGAAAAGGAUAAAAAGGCUGUCAAGCGUGUGAAUGUCAUGUUGAAGCGGACCAAAUCUGCAAAUCAAUCUGUUAUUCAAGAUGCAGAGGAUUCUGACAAUACUGCCGUUACUCUAGUUGGACUUGCACAACCUGAUGAAGAUGAUUAUGGAUAUGUUUCACAAGAAGCAUCUGCUUUUUAUAAUAAAAUGAUGGAAAAGUAUAGUAAGAUGCCAGACAAGACACCAAAGUUCUUGUUAGAAAAAAAGAAAGUUAAUACCAAUCUGAGCUCAACUAAAGAUAGAGUUAAAGCUGCUUUAGAAAAAGAGAAAGAAGAAGCAAUGAUGCCUCAUAGGAGGAAACGCAAACAUAAGAAUCCAGAAGACAUCUCAUCUCCAGAUGACAACUUCCCGUCUACCCCAUCGAGAAUGGCUGAUGAGAGACCUGAUGCUAAGAAACCAAAGAUUGAUAAACCUAAAAUGCCUCCACCGAUGAAUUUCAAUGAGCUCCUCAAACUAGCAGAAAAGAAACAAUUCGAACCCAUAGUUAUUGAGAAGAAAAGCAAAGAAGAUGAAAGUCCCCUUACCAAGAAACAGAAAAGAGAAAUGGAAAGGAUGAGGGUGUGGCAGGAAAGAAAACCAGAAAGACUUAAGCCUGACCCAAGCGAGCCCAAACAGAAAAUUAAUAAAGAAGCAGAAACUGCCAAAUCGAAAAUAGCAAAAGUGCCAAAUCAGUCAAUAUUAGCAACAGCCCGAACAAGUUCUAAUAAGGCUGAUAAUAAAAUGCAAAAUCCUGAACCAGAAAUUAGGAAAAAAAUUGAUUGGGGUCCUAAACAUCCAUCAGCUGGAAGAAUGAAUAUCAUAACAAAGGCCCCAGUUGACACUAAAAAACCAGUCCCAAGUGCCUCCAAUAAUCCCAUGAAAGAUUUGGGAAAAUCUGUAUCAAAUUAUACAGAAAAAUCUAUAAAAAUUGCCACCAAAAGCAAUAAUGGAACAACUAAGAAUAGCUUGCCUUCAAAGGACAUUAAAAGGCAUCCUAAAGAAAUCAGUGUGAACAGCAGAGGCCCCUCUGACAAAAAAAUGUUGGAUAAGACUAAGGAGAAAGAAAUGCUACAAAGAGAAUUGUCUAAACCAAAAAAGUUCCCACCAAAUGAUCUAAGACAUAAACACUUUCCUCCAGCUGAUGUGAGGAGAAAACCCAUGUCUAAUAAAAUGAAAAUGCAAAUGAAAAAACGAAGAAUUAUCGAUGAUGAUGAUGAAGAUUAUGAUUCUGAAAUGGAUGACUUCAUUGAUGAUGGUCCCGAAGAAGAAGAAGAGGAUUACUCUAAAUAUAUCAGAGAAAUAUUUGGUUAUAACAAGUCAAAAUAUGUGGAAGUCGAUGAAGAAGAUGAUGAUAUUAUGGAGUCCUCAUUUUCACAGCAGAUGAAAGAAGAGCAAAUCAGUACAAAAUUGGGUAUAAUGGAAGAUCUUGAAGAUAUGAGACUAGAGGAAGAGCACAAACGAAGAAAAGCAUUGAUGAAGAAAAAAUUCGAUAGCUAAAAGUGAGAUCGCACGCAGUGACCAA